UAUUGGUAUCGUCCCAAGAUGGCAGCCUACACUUUGAAGCGUUGUUUAGGAGCUGUCAAUGUUAUCCAUAAAUGUGGAAAUCACCGUUUUAUAGCUAGAAGAUGUCUACUUUCCACAUCAUACACAGACACCAAAUUAUGGGACGCAAGAGAGAAAGAUCAUCAAAAUCUGGCGUUGUUGGCCUCCUUGAUGGAUAGGACGUAUGACCGAAACUUCCCUGUCAGCUCCCUGUCAAUAUCACGUUUUGUUGACAACAUAUCGUCAAGAGAAGAGGUUGAUCAAGCAGAGUACUAUCUGUAUAAAUUUCGCCACAGCCCGAACUGUUGGUACCUCAGAGACUGGACUGUUCACAGCUGGGUCAGACAGUGUCUCAGAUACGGGGCCAGAGACAAGGCCCUGCACACACUCAAGAACAAGGUGCAAUAUGGAAUGUUCCCAGAUGAUUUCACAUUCAACAUUCUGAUAGAUUCCUUCAUAAAAGAUGAAGACUUCAAAGGUGCCUGUUCUGUCGUGGAAGAGGUGAUGCUUCAGGAGUCUUUUGAUCUGCCCACAACACAGAUCCUGUCCCUGUAUGCACUUAGCAAUUACCUUGCAACCAAACCAGAGCUCAGCAUGUCAGAGGAGAGGGCUCUGGGAGCAUCACUGCUGAUAUCUGGUCUGAAGCAGGACGGCUCUAUAGGCCUCAGCGCUCAACUGCUGGGCUGUGCUUUACUAGGUAAGGUGGAGAUGGGGGCAGGGAUCCAUGCUGUGUUCAGGGGCAUGCCUCUGAUGUGGACCCCAGGGUAUGUGGGCCGGGCCCUGGCCGUCAUGGAGAGAGUAGCUGCCGCUCCUGGAGAUGACAAACUAUCAAAGGAUGCUGUGGAUUACCUGGAGGGUCUGUUGCAGGACCUGUCCUCUGCUUCAGACUCCUCAUCUGGAGAGGAUGAUGAGUCCGGAGUAGAGGAGGGGAAGAAAGAGGAGGAGGUGGAUGAGGACGACCAGGCAGAGAGAGAUAAGCUACCCCUCUAUGCCAGCAGGUUUAAGGUUCUGAGUGGGCAGCUCCAGUCCAGGGGAAAGGUGGACCCUAGUCCCCUGCAGGUGCUGGUCUCCAUCCUGGUCCAGCAGAGCCUAGCCUCAGCAGAGGGCCCUGACAUGGAGCAGUACCAGAGAAAGGUGGGCGAGUGGGAGGCAGAGAGGCAGCAGCUCAUCAGAAGGGAGAAAGAGAUGAGGGAGAGGGCUGAGGAGGAGAGACGGGCCCAUCAGGCAGCCAAGGCAGCUGCAAAGCAGGGCUGAACAAACAGCCCACGCUACACAAGAAGUGUGGGUCAUAUUUGAAAUAAUAUCAUCUGUACAUGAAAAGCAAAAAAUCUAGAAUUUGUCUUUUGGACAAAUGCCAUUCGCAGAUUAGCAACAUACUGUAAACAAGAUCAAAACUCCCCAUAAUGGAAGUUUGUCUAUUAAAUUACUGUGAUCUUCAAAUAAUGAUUCUUUACUUGAUUAUUUAUACACAAAUAUAAACAAAGCAAAGACUUAGUUUGUAGUUGUAACUUUUAAGUGGUUUUACACGUUAUACUCAUAACCUCUGUUUUGUCCUUAGCUUUGUUUUCUUGAGAUUUUUUUUUUACUUUUCUUGAAAGUAUGUUGUAUUUCCUGUUGUGGACAUCAACAUGAUGUUAUUGGUCUAGCUCCAGUCUAGUAAUUGUUAAGCCUGAUGGUCACUAUGACCUCAUGUAAGCCGAAAAUAAGAAAAGCGGGGGAAAUCCUCCCACUCCUUUUCCUCUCGUCUCUCAGAAUGAGGUGUUUGUGAGCAUACAUGCAGGCCGUGUGUGCUGGUGUGUGCGCGUGCGUGUGUUUUCUCCCAGGGGAAUGAAUCCCAUGCUAUACAAUCCUAGGGGAGCUGAUGCAUAAUCUAGGGAAAACAAAAUGUGUCCUUUAAGCAGGCAUGAAUACAGUUGCAUUUCUUAGCCUUAUCUGUAGGCCACAACCCACAAAGAAAAGCACACUAUCUUAGAUCCAGAUCGUAGGUGUAUUGCUUGGCCCUGUUUUAGAGGUUGAGAGGUCUUUCUGUGACGUCUGGAAAAUUGUAUUGUGUAUCAAAACAGUGGCAUAACGGUAAAGUAUGAAUUAUGUAUUGAGACUUUAGUAAACUGCAACAUAGGCUACUCAAAUACCACAGGCGAAAACAUUUCUGGCUAAGUUAUCCCUGUUGUUGUUGUUUUUUUCAUUUGGGGGAGAUAAGUCAUCAAUGGGGAAAAAUAACUGUUGUGGCUCACAUAAUGUGUUCAUUCCACAUAAUGCUACAACUAUUGAGCAUUCAUGGCUUGGGAAACGGCCUGUUAUGUAGACUAAGCUGAAUACACAGCACAAAUACUUUUAAGUCACAAACAAGAGCCAUUGUUGUGUGGAGGCUCCAUAUUGACUCCCUAAGAGUUAGUCAGAACCUUUAUUUGCUCAAAAUAGUUUGCAAAUUCCCAUGGAUCGGAUCUGUUUUUAUGUUAUAAAACAUACAACAUUCCAUCAGACAAGCAGUAACUGUAUGUCAUCUGAUUGAAACACAUUUUCCGAUUAUGACAUCAAAGAUUGUUGGCUACUUAAACUGUGAGAAAGUCUCUGACUUAAAAGUUCAAUGCGGCCAUUUUUAUCUCCGUAUCAAAUCAUUUCUGGGUAACAAUAAAGUACUUUACUGCGAUUAUUUUGAAUGAAAAUGGUCAAAAAGAAACAAAAAUAGCUUCUUAGCAAAGAUACAUUUCUUAAGCAAGAAUUUUGCUUAAGCAAGAAUAAAGUACCUUAAAACUGAAAACUAGCUGUUAUUGGCAGAGAGGUUUGGAACUCUCUUAUUUGUCUACUAAUUUACCACCUUGUGAUAUCACCAGGCAAGCCAAAGCUCCAUCCCACCAAAACAGUAUUUUCAAACAGCUCUUACACUAAAAGGGCAUUACCAUUAUGUUCAGAAUGUCAUAGUAUUAUUCCAAUCUCAUAGUGUGUAGAUGUAUAUAAAACACAGGAAAUCACGUUUUUGACUGCACUGGGCCUUUAAGAGGAGUGUUCCAUCACCCCUGUGAAACGACCGUUGUGUCCUCAUAAAUGCUUGAUCAACAAAUACUCAUGUUAUUCUAUUCCUCCCCUGUGCUGCUUCUUUUCUGGGAUUACAAGCUUAAGCUUUGGGAACUCUUCUCUGUCCCUCUCGAUUUAUAGAUGUGAUAUACAGAUGUAAUGGGAAAGGGAACAUUUUCCGCAGCUGGUGACAUGACAACUUUUCCCAGUAUGUUGCUGUGUCUAAGUUCUUUAAAAGAGAUUAUAGGAUAAGAUGCUGCUAGGGUGUGUUUUUGUUGGCUCGGCAACUGGCAGCACUGGUGUCUCGGGA